CCACCCCCUAGAGGUCUUUUUCUUUUCCUUUCCUCUUUACGCACGAAGGUCCUUUUAAAACUCCCUUCGACGUGACCUGAGGUCUCGCUUUCUCCCCUCGAGUCCGCCCUCUCCGCUCAGUCCUUUCCCUCGCCCUCUCUCUCCCACCCGAUACGGUGUUGUGUGAUUGAAUUGCACCUGACCCACUCAGUAAUCGACCAAGAAAAAUUGCUCGCAGGCACCUGCACCCACUGCACCCCACAAGCACCGACUUAUCUUAAUUCGCGCUUGGCCGCGUUCUCCGAACCAUAACACCGAUUCUUCACUUAUCUUCAAUACUUCAAGCGCCUGAUUCUGAGCGCACGACUCGCCAUCGCCGACUGCCGUUGAGCCCCGCGCAGAGCUUAUCUGUGCAACGAACCGCACCAAUGGCCGAACACUCGACUCCUGGCGCUCCGGCGCUAUCGACUAACAUUGAGAGCGGGAACUUCGACGAGAAGGCGGCCCAUGACGUGCCCGCCAAGCAGCGCGUUGAGGAGGAAGAGGAGGAUGAGGACAUUGACGCCCUCAUCGAUGAUCUCGAGAGUAACGAUGGCCAUGGUGCCUUCGAGGAGGAAGAGGAGAUCCAGCCGGGUGGCGGCCGUGUUAUCCCAGAGGACAUGCUCCAGACCGACACUCGCCACGGUCUCACAUCCGAGGAGGUUCUCCAGCGCCGCCGCAAGUAUGGUCUCAAUCAGAUGAAGGAAGAGAAGGAGAACCUCAUCCUCAAGUUUCUGGGUUUCUUUGUCGGGCCCAUCCAGUUUGUCAUGGAGGCUGCUGCUGUCUUGGCCGCUGGUCUCGAGGACUGGGUCGAUUUCGGUGUCAUUUGCGGUCUGUUGCUGCUCAACGCCGUCGUCGGUUUCGUCCAGGAAUACCAAGCUGGCUCUAUCGUCGACGAGCUCAAGAAGACUCUCGCUCUGAAGGCUGUUGUUCUCCGUGACGGUACUCUGAAGGAGGUUGAGGCUCCCGAGGUCGUUCCCGGUGAUAUUCUGCAGGUUGAAGAGGGCACCAUCAUCCCCGCUGAUGGCCGCAUCGUCACCGAAGAUGCUUUCCUCCAGGUUGAUCAGUCUGCCAUCACUGGCGAGUCGCUCGCUGUGGACAAGCACAAGGGCGACCAGUGCUACGCCUCUUCGGCUGUCAAGCGUGGUGAGGCCUUCCUGGUCGUCACCGCCACUGGUGACAACACCUUCGUGGGUCGCGCCGCUGCUCUUGUCAACGCCGCUAGCGCUGGCACUGGUCACUUCACCGAGGUUCUCAACGGCAUUGGCACCAUCCUCCUGGUUCUCGUCAUCCUGACCAAUCUCGUUGUUUGGGUUGCCUCGUUCUACCGCUCGAACGGAAUUGUCACAAUCCUCGAGUUCACUCUGGCCAUCACCAUCGUCGGUGUGCCCGUCGGUCUCCCCGCCGUCGUCACCACCACCAUGGCUGUCGGUGCCGCUUAUCUUGCGAAGAAGAAGGCCAUCGUCCAAAAGCUUUCGGCCAUCGAGUCUUUGGCUGGUGUCGAGAUUCUCUGCUCUGACAAGACCGGUACCCUGACCAAGAACAAGCUCUCUCUGUCUGAGCCCUACACCGUCGCUGGUGUCGACCCCGAGGACCUUAUGCUUACCGCCUGCCUGGCAGCCUCGCGCAAGAAGAAGGGUAUGGAUGCCAUCGACAAGGCUUUCCUUAAGAGCCUGAAGUACUACCCCCGCGCCAAGGGUGUCCUCAGCAAGUACAAGGUCCUCGAGUUCCACCCCUUCGACCCCGUAUCCAAGAAAGUCACCGCCGUUGUCGAGUCCCCCCAGGGCGAGCGCAUUGUCUGUGUCAAGGGUGCCCCUCUCUUCGUUCUCAAGACUGUCGAGGAGGACCACCCUAUUCCCGAGGAAGUUGACCAGGCCUACAAGAACAAGGUUGCCGAAUUCGCCACUCGUGGUUUCCGCUCGCUCGGUGUUGCCCGCAAGCGUGGUGAGGGCUCAUGGGAGAUUCUCGGCAUCAUGCCCUGCUCCGACCCCCCGCGUCACGACACGGCCCGCACCAUCAACGAGGCCAAAUCCCUCGGUCUAUCUAUUAAGAUGCUUACUGGUGAUGCCGUCGGUAUCGCCAGGGAGACUUCGCGCCAGCUCGGUCUCGGCACCAACGUCUACAACGCUGAACGUCUUGGUCUCGGUGGCGGCGGUGACAUGCCCGGCUCUGAGGUGUACGACUUCGUCGAGGCUGCCGAUGGUUUCGCCGAGGUGUUCCCCCAGCACAAGUACAACGUCGUCGAGAUCUUGCAGCAGCGUGGCUACCUCGUUGCCAUGACUGGUGACGGUGUCAACGAUGCGCCCUCGCUCAAGAAGGCCGAUACCGGUAUUGCCGUCGAGGGUGCCUCAGACGCCGCUCGCUCUGCCGCUGAUAUCGUCUUCCUUGCCCCUGGUCUUGGUGCCAUCAUCGAUGCCCUCAAGACUUCGCGCCAGAUUUUCCACCGCAUGUACGCCUACGUCGUCUACCGUAUCGCUCUGUCGAUCCACCUCGAGAUAUACCUGGGUCUCUGGAUUGCCAUCCUGAACCGCAGCCUGAACAUCAAUCUCGUCGUCUUCAUCGCCAUUUUCGCCGAUGUCGCCACCCUCGCCAUUGCCUACGACAACGCCCCGUACAGCAAGACGCCCGUCAAGUGGAACCUGCCCAAGCUUUGGGGUAUGUCGGUCUUGCUUGGUAUCGUCCUUGCCAUCGGUACCUGGAUUACUGUCACGACUAUGUACGCGCACGGGCCGGACGGCGGUAUCGUCCAAAACUUCGGUAACAUGGAUGAGGUCGUCUUCCUCGAGAUUUCGCUCACUGAAAAUUGGCUCAUCUUCAUCACUCGUGCCAAUGGUCCCUUCUGGUCGUCGCUCCCCUCGUGGCAGCUGGCUGGUGCCGUGCUGGUUGUCGACAUCGUCGCCACUCUCUUCACCAUCUUCGGCUGGUUCGAGGGCAACGAGCAGACGUCGAUCGUCGCUGUCGUCCGUGUCUGGAUCUUCUCCUUCGGCGUUUUCUGCGUCAUGGGUGGUCUCUACUACAUUCUGCAGGACAGCGUCGGCUUCGACAACCUCAUGCACGGCAAAUCGCCCAAGGGCAGCCAGAAGCAGCGCUCUCUGGAGGACUUCGUCGUGUCCCUCCAGCGCGUCUCGACCCAGCACGAGAAGUCGCAGUAAGCAGCUCGGCGAUCGGGCGCGUUAGGUCUGCCCUAGAUGGCAGCAAUACCCGGCCGUUGGGGAUAGAUAGGCAUGGACAGCCGCGGAUAUUUUUCAUUUUCUGACAGGCUAAGGACUGUGGACUUGGGGCCUAGAUACACCCCGAUUUUCCUUUAGGCAAUCUAAUAAACAGUAAAAAUAACUCAAUGACUUGCAUAUGAAUGUGAUUGUUGGCAGCAUGGGUAGCUCGAAAAUGGUUAUUGCU